AUGGCUCCGAUAUCUCUCUCGUGGCUGCUCCACUUGGCCACCCUCUGCCAUCUGACUGUCCUGCUGGCUGGACAGCACCACGGCGUGACGAAAUGCAACAUUACGUGCAGCAAGAUGACAUCAAAGAUACCUGUGGCUUUGCUCAUCCACUAUCAACAAAACCAGGAAUCAUGCGGCAAACGUGCAAUCGUCUUGGAGACGAGACAGCACAGGCUGUUCUGUGCCGACCCGAAGGAACAAUGGGUCAAGGACGCGAUGCAGCAUCUGGACCGCCAGGCUGCUGCUCUGACUCGAAAUGGCGGCACCUUCGAGAAGCAGAUCGGCCUGGUGAAGCCCAGGACCACCCUUGCCGCCCGGGGAAUGGAGGAGUCUGCGGUACCGGAGCCCGAAGCCACAGGCGAAAGCAGUAGCCUGAAGCCAACUCCUUCUUCCCGGGAGGCACAGACGGCCCUGGGGACCUCCCCAGAGCAGUCGACGGGCGUGACUGGUUCCUCAGGGACCGGGCUCCCCCUGACGCCAAAGGCUCAGGAUGGAGGGCCUGUGGGCACGGAGCUUUUCCGAGUACCUCCCGUCUCCACUGCCGCCGCGUGGCAGAGUUCUGCUCCCCACCAACCUGGGCCCAGCCUCUGGGCUGAGGGAAAGACCUCUGAGGCCCCGUCCACCCAGGACCCUUCCACCCAGGCCUCCUCCCCGGCCUCCUCCACCCAGGCCUCCACUACUUCCUCCCCAGCCCCAGAGGAGAACACUCCGUCUGAAGGCCAGCCUGUGUGGGGUCAGGGACAGAGCCCCAGGCCAGAGAACUCUCUGGAGCGGGAGGAGAUGGGUCCCGUGCCAGCACACACAGAUGCCUUCCAGGACUGGGGGCCUGGCAGCAUGGCCCACGUCUCUGUGGUCCCUGUCUCCUCGGAAGGAACCCCCAGCAGGGAGCCAGUGGUUUCAGGCAGCUGGACCCCUAAAGCUGAGGAACCCAUCCAUGCCACCAUGGACCCCCAGAGGCUGGGCGUCCUUAUCACUCCUGUCCCUGACGCCCAGGCUGCCACCCGGAGGCAGGCAGUGGGGCUGCUGGCCUUCCUUGGCCUCCUCUUCUGCCUGGGGGUGGCCAUGUUUGCCUACCAGAGCCUCCAGGGCUGCCCUCGAAAGAUGGCAGGAGAGAUGGUGGAGGGCCUCCGCUACAUCCCCCGGAGCUGUGGUAGUAACUCAUAUGUCCUGGUGCCCGUGUGA